AUGGACACACAGACGCCCCCAGCUGCGCAAGCUGACCUUACUGCUCUGGAAACAACUGUCUUCUAUGCCAGGGUCAACCAGUACGCAAUUUUGGCAGCGUACUGCCUAGCUGUGUACGAUAUUUUACUCACUAUUGCCGACGAGGCCCAUCUUAUCUCGAAAGCACCGCGAUCGAUCGUCAAAUAUCUCUACUUCUUCAAUGGCUAUGCCAUGGCACUGGCAUUUACUCCGCUUGUUUAUAUAAUGUGUGGGAUGAGCUCUUCCUUCAGCAAUGAAGUUUGUUUGCACUUUUUCGCAUUUCUACUCGUUUUCGAUAAUAUCCAAGGCAAUGGUAUUGUCGGAGCCUUGGUGCUGUCAAGGGUUUAUGUGCUCUACAAGAACAUGCGAUACAUUCGGUACAUCGUCCUUGCCCUUUGGCUGAUCUAUUUGAUACCGGUUCUGGUUUCGACGUGUCAUGCCCUCGCCUCAUAUUACACAUUACCGGGAAAUUUAGUAUGGGUGCCAAGUCUGCAUACGUGUGCCCUGUACGGGAGGCCGGCUUAUUUGUGGCUGAUUUGGCCAUUCUUGAUUCUGGUCGAGAGCAUUGUUUGCACUAUGAUCACGUACAAAACUUGGAAGUAUGUUAGGUCGGGGGUCCGCACGCCAUUGCUGAGCGCGAUUUUGAGGGAUGGGUGGAUGUAUUAUAUUGCUAUGCUGUUGGGCGAAAUUGCAAAUCUUAUCAGCUUCUCAGUGGCUCCUGAUCCACUUUACUUUUUUGCCGUCUUCCCAUUUUGGGCCAUAAGCACAGUAGUGACUUCGACGAUAUAUUUGAACCUCCGAAAUGUGACAACACCGACGGAAUGGGAUGCAGCAACCACUGCCAUCAACAGAAGCGAAGAAAGUUCAUCAGACCGCGUUUCAACGCCGACUCGGUCUCUCACAAGACGAGGCGGAUCCCCACGAUUACCGAGGUCUUCGUACAGUCAAAGCGAUGAUGAAACAUUUGGCAUUGAACUUGGGGAGAUGGACUAGAAGUGUGGGAAGACCUGGCUUGUGUAUGUUGUGAUCGCGAGUUGCUUUUUGAAGAACGUGGG